AGAAAUAAAGGUUUACACAACUUGCCUCUUGCGACAUAGCAAUGCCAUGUUACUAUGUAACUAGUCAACUGUUUUUCAUUCGUUAACAAGAUGUAAUCACCAACUGCUUUCACUCCCAUAAAUUGGUAACGUACAGCUUUGAUUUCCAGAGUACACAGUACUUGAUAGUAUAAUAAUAUCAUUCCAACUACUGUAAGAAGAAUCGUGUGGAGUAACAAACAUGCUUAUCUGUUCAUAUUAUUAUCCCAGUUGACCUGGAGAAUUCGAAGUCGUCGAAGACUCUGCAUAAUGUUAAUUGACAGUGUAGCUUCUUCAAAAUGCAUAUAAAGCAAGUUGUUUCAGUUGUUUCAUCUCUUAGCAUCCGUCCUUACAUCUAAUUUGAGUGCCUCAGCGACUUUUAAGUAGAGGAGGAGAAAUGGCUGGAACUGGAACAGGUGGUUCAGCAUUUUUACGGCAUGAGCACUCUAUUGAUAUAAUUACCCCGCCGCAUCCACCUCUGCCGAUCACUCCUUCUCCACCGCAUCAUCCUCGUUCUGCACCUAAGUUCCCUUCAGAUAUUUAUCUUUCUGAGGAUGAAAGGAAAAAUUACCUAGCUAUAUGUUUGCCCCUCUAUGAAGCCGCACUUAAAGGUGACUGGCAAACUGCACAAAAAAUCAUAAGCAAAUGUCCAAAAGUGAUUAAUGUGAGCAUUACCAAGAAUUAUGAAACUGUUCUUCACAUUGUCUCGUCAACAAAGCAUGCUCACUUUGUGGAAGAGCUGUUAAAGUUAAUGAAACCUGAGGACUUGGAUCUUCAAAACAAAAACCGGAAUACAGCUCUCUGUUUAGCAGCAGCAGCUGGAACAGUAAAAAUUGUUGAGAUGAUGGUGGAGGUGGAGCCUAACCUUCUCAUGAUACGCGGAAACAAUAAUAUGUCACCACUCUUGAUGGCAGCUUUGUUUGGACACAAAGAGAUGGUGUCAUAUCUUUACUCUCGGACUGAUAACAUGACAGGCGGUGAUUGGACUGAUACGGAUAGAAUAAUGCUACUAAAUGCUUGCAUCAGUGCAAAACUAUAUGAUGUGGCAUUAAAAUUAUUGGACAAACACAAGAAAAAGCUGGCAUUGGCAACUGACAAGAAUGCACUCCAUAUAUUGGCUAGAAAUCCAUCAGAAUUUGCUGGAAUACGGCAGCCUGUUUAUUGGAGACUACUUAAUAAAAUAAUUCCUGGACCAAGAAUAGGACCUGGUGAGAAGAAAUGUCAAGCACUUGAAAUAGUCAAGGUAAUUUGGGGAGAGAUUGUUCAACAGAAGGAUGAUGACAUAUGGGACAUAAUCAGAGGCCCUCAAGAGAUUGUAAGAGUUGAAGAAAAAGACCAACCUAAUGCUAGGUAUGUUGAGAAAAAAGUACAUCAGUCCCGGCUUCUGUUUGUCGCUGCUUCAUUGGGCAACACUGAAUUUUUGAUCGAGCUUCUUCGAUUGUGUCCUGAGCUGAUAUGGAAAAUAGAUGACUAUGAACGGACAAUUUUCCACGUGGCAGUUUUACAUCGUCAGGAGAGUGUCUACAAUCUGUUAUACGAGAUAGGAUCAAUUAAGGACCUUGUAACUACUUUUAGGGACACAGGUGGCAACAAUAUACUGCACUUGGCUGCUAUGAUGCCAGAACAAAAUCGACUCCAUAUUGUGUCGGGAGUAGCUCUUCAAAUGCAGCGGGAACUACUAUGGUUCAAGGAAGUAGAAGCUAUGGUGCAUCCUUCUUUAAGAGGAAUGAAGAACAAUAAGGGAAAAACUCCCGAAGCUUUAUUCAGUGCUCAGCAUGCAGAUUUGAUGGAAAAAGGGGAAACCUGGAUGAAGGAUACAGCAUCUCAGUGCAUGGUUGUUGCUGCCCUCAUAGCUACAAUUAUGUUUGCAGCAGCUUUUACUUUACCUGGUGGUAGCAAUCAGGAUAGUGGGCAUCCAAUAUUCAAAAAAAGAAGUGCCUUUAUGGUGUUUGUAAUAACAGACGCCAUAUCAUUGUUCAGCUCCUCAGCUUCGAUACUUAUGUUCUUGGCCAUUCUCACAGCACGUUAUGCAGAAGGAGAUUUCUUGAGAUCUUUACCUAUAAAGUUGAUGAUUGGGCUCCUGGCACUUUUUAUUUCAAUUACUACGAUGAUGAUUGCCUUCAGUGCGAGCUUCUUCCUAGUUUACACAAAAGGUAUGAAAUGGGUACCUUAUCUGAUCUCCGGAUUGGCUGGAGUGCCUGUUAUUCUAUUUGCUAGACUUCAGUACCGUCUACUUUUUGAUGUGGUUCGGACAACAUUCAGUUCCAGGUUUCUGUUCAAGCCUAGGAAACAUAUGCUUUACUAAAGCAUUCCAUUUUUAUUUAUGUUCAUUAUUUGAUAUGUUGUGACAGUUUAUCUUCUGCUCAAAAUGUACUCUGGUCCCACUUCAUAUUUCAGGAAUGUGAGCUCAUAUAUUUUUUGUUGAACUCAACACACGAAUACAAGUUCCAUUCUUUUUCAAUCUGUAAGGUGCUGACAAAGGGAAAUAAAAGAUGUUUUUGUUGGU